CCCAAGGACAUCCUGCUAGAUAUCAAUCAGCUAUACUAAUCCCAUCUCAGUGACCUCUUAAUAACAAAAUCAAAGAGGGAAACAGGUUCGCCUGGCGGAAUCGUUCCAUCCCGUUCCAGGAUCCUUAACAAAUCGCCAGCGCGCAAGCAAAGUUGCAACGAAGUAAACGCGUUUCCUCACUUCACGUUCUAGUUCCGCGAGAUUCUUCACAACAACAUUCGUCGCCUGCGGUUAUCUUGCUUUGCUACAUCUCGCGCCCUAAUUUUUGUGCCUCCACCUCUUCUUACCCAACAUCCUCCAAAUUCAUCGCCAUUCGCAAACAUUCACGCGUCUUUCAUCCAACAUAACAACUCCGUACCUCUUUUCACCGACAAACACUACGAUCCGCAUCAGCUAUCAUGUCUGACGCCGCCGAUAACACCUUUUCCGCUGGCGAGACCAAGCUGUUGAUCAGCAUCAUGAAGAACCUUAAGGGCGAUCUCAACUCCGACUGGGAUGCCGUCGCCGUCGAGAUGAAGUACAAGGAUCAUACCAUCGCCAAGUCGCGCUGGAACCAGACCCGUCGCAAGAAGAUCAACACCACCGCCGCCGCCUCCACCAGAGCCGCUGCCACUACCAGCAAGGUCACCAAGAAGGGCACCGCCAUGAAGAAGAAGCACGUUUCCUCUGACGACGAGGACAGCGAGGAGGCCGUCAAGGCCGAGGAUUCUGAUGACGAGGCCUCUGAGCCUGUUGCCAAGAAGCCUGCUGUCAAGAAGACCAGAGCUGCUACUGCUGCUGUUAAGAAGGGUGGAAAGCGUAAGGCUUACGCUGCUAUCUCCGAGGACGAGGACGAAGACGAGGCUGUUGGCAAGAAGAUCAAGAGCGCUCCUGCUUCUGAUGCUGAAGAGGAGGAGGCCACUCUCGGCGCUGGCAAGGGCGAUGAUGUCAAGAUGGAGGUCACUGAUGAUGAGGAGGCUGCUGAUGAGACUGAGGUUUAAACUUCGUCUUUGCUUGCCUUGACUGACCUGUUUUCUUGCAUACUGUGAGAAGAGGUCGUGAUGUACACUUAUCACCAAGAGCGCGAAAGAAGCGCUUCUUUUACUUAGACUACAGAUUAGUCUUGCAGAUGCAACAAGAAAGCCUUGCAUCAACUCUACCUCUCCAAACCAUAUCCUUGAUGAUCAUUGUAGCUCGAAUGUCCUCUCCAUAUGUCGUUGUCUGCAAACGUGUAGCUGUGCAAAUGCACAAUCGAAUUCCAGAUUUGAGCCAACGUCUUUGGAGAG